GGCCCCGGGGGCGCGGGGCGUCGGGCCGAGGGCGGGCGGGCCAGGCCAACGGCCCCGGGGCGCCGCCGCCGCCAGCCGGGCGGGCAGCCCCGCCGGGGGAUGACUCAGAGCCGCGGCCCCUGCAGCGAAGCCGCCGCCGCGCCGGGCUCCGCGCAGCGCCGCCCCAUGCCCGCGCCCCCCGCCGGGGGCCGCCCGCCGCCCGCCGCGCCCGCCGCGCCGCGCACCGGAUGAUGCCCCCGCGGGGGGCGGUGGGCUCCUGCCGCCGGCGGCGCCUGGCGCCCCUCAACGAGGACAACGGGCGGUUCCUGCUGCUGGCCGCACUCAUCGCGGCGUACCUGAGCGCCGGCGCCACCGUCUUCUCGGCCCUCGAGAGCCCGUCGGAGGCGGCGGCGCAGCUCCGCUGGAACCGGACCCUCCACAACUUCAGCCGCAUCUUCAACAUCAGCCUGCCGGAGCUGCGCGCCUUCCUGCGGAGCUACGAGGCGGCCAUGGCCGCUGGCAUCCGCGUCGACGCCCUGAGGCCGCGCUGGGACUUCCCCGGCGCCUUCUACUUCGUGGGCACCGUCGUCUCCACCAUAGGUUUUGGAAUGACCACACCAGCAACCGUGGCUGGAAAGGUGUUCCUCAUCGUUUAUGGCCUUUUUGGGUGUGCCGGGACCAUCCUCUUCUUCAACCUCUUCUUGGAGCGCAUCAUCUCCCUCCUGGCAUUUAUCAUGAAGGCGUGCUACGAGAGACAGCUGCGAAGAAGUGGUCUCCUACCUCCCAACUUCCGAAGGGGCCCCGCUGUGUCCGGGGUGGGCAGCCUCGUGGGCUGGAAGCCGUCUGUUUACCACGUGAUGCUGAUCCUGGGAAUUUUUGCUAUUGCCCUUUCCUGCUGCGCCUCCGCCAUGUACACGGCAGUGGAAGGAUGGAACUAUGUUGACUCCUUGUAUUAUUGCUUUGUCACCUUCAGCACCAUCGGCUUUGGAGAUUUGGUAAGCAACCAGAAGGCUGCAUACCAGCAUCAGGGAUUAUACAGAUUCGGGAACUUCAUAUUUAUAUUAAUGGGGGUAUGUUGCAUAUACUCCCUUUUUAAUGUCAUCUCAAUCGUAAUCAAACAAAUUUUGAACUGGGUGUUGAAAAAAUUCGAAUGCAGAUGUUGCCCAAAGUGCCAUAAAUCCAGUACCCGCCUCAGCCGUCGCAACGCCAUCACCCCAGGAGCCCGCCUGCGCCGCCACAACGUCGCCAUGGACGCUGACGGACAGUACGACAGUGACACGGAGGGCAGGAGGCUCUCUGGAGAGAUGAUCUCCAUGAGGGAGCUCACGGCGUCCAAUAAAGUCUCCCUGGCCAUUUUGCAGAAGCAGUUGUCCGAGACAGCCAACGGCUACCCGAGGAAUGUCUCUAUCAAUACGAGACAGAACGGUUUCUCUGCGGGGGUGGGGGCUCUGGCCAUCAUGAACAACCGCUUGGCAGAAACAAGUGAUUCUAGGUAGAGUUUUUGGAAUUCCUUUUGUUUCUUAAAUAAAAAUAAAAUGGCGGUUAGGGUGGAAUUACCGCUGUAAGCUACUGGAAAGUUUUACAUUUCAGAGACAGCCUUGGUAUUCAUUGGGUGUUCAGCGUUUUACUUUCUGGGGGUUUUAUAAGUUUUCUCUAAUAUGCAGUGAGAUCUUUACCAUUAUGUUACAAUUUUCCCCUAAGGGAGUUUUAAAUGAGACUUGGAUGUCUUUGAUGCAGAAUCUGGCGCAAUCAUAGAGGGAUGAUGCGCACGGUUAGGAUGGUGUCAAAACCAACAUGUUCUUCAGAACAGAGCCUGAACCCAAACUCUGUGUUAAAAGGCAUAAAGCGGGCAAGUUGGGCUCCAGAUUCAAACAUGGGGUUGGUAAGUUUUGGCUAACCAGUAUGUCACAGUUUGCUGAAGUCUGGAUCUGGUCCUGAGCCUUGUACUCAAUGCUCUUCAGCACUCCUCGUAGCAGGCCUCUCUAUGACAUACACGUAGGUGACCAUCGUCACACCAGCUUUAGGGUGACUGUGCUUCACUCCAGUAAUCCCACUGACUUCAGUGGCAGAGGAUGGAGUGGGCUGAACUCCCCUCCUACAAAUGAUUAGCCAGGCUUGUCUGAAAGCCCACCUGCCACCUAAGUCUUGAAAGUCAGGGGAUUAUCAAGGACCAUGUUGAAGUGUGCAAAACUGUUCCUGCCUACUGAAUAACAGAAAACAGGCAAUUGUCAUCUUCAGAACUGACUUGGUUUAGUGUAAGAGAGUCUGGUAUGCACCUCUGGGGUCAAAUGUUUUCAUCACUACAAAAAUGCUUACUUUGUUACUUUCUCAUUGAAAUAAGUCACUAAAAUGAAUGUGGGCUCUCUAUUGUUGUAAUUUUGCAUCUUUUACUUCUGCAGUAUUAUUGCAGAGAUUCAUGCAAAUCAUUUCCUUGCAGUUCUUUGAGGGUCCCAACCCUAUACUUGUUUCCCACAAAUCUGACUGUGCAGGUUGUACAGAGGAGCAUUGCUUUGGAGUUCCCUCAGGAGCUGACUUCCCCCAAAAUGUUGAUACCAAGUAUAAAUUGGCCUUUGGCUGUUGCUGCUACCAUCUUAAGCCAUAUUUACCUUGUGCUAGCCCAAACCAAUGAAGAGCCAAAAGCAAACCUGGUCUAGAGUGUGUAGUUUAGCAUGAUAAGUGGAUGCAGAUGAUUUGCUGCAAACUUCUUUCAAAAAUACAUGCACAGCUCUGGAUCAUUUUUCUAAAUUCUCUCUACUACACUGUGUGGAUAAUAAAAAGGCUUCUGCUGAUUCCAAGCAAGAAACAAAACUUAAGCUUAUAUUUUGAGAAGCCUUCUACUGGAAACUUACUGUAAAAUUGUAGGCAAGACCGUGUGUAGUAGGUUGGUCACUGAAUAAGUUGAACAAGCUGAUGAACACAAACUAGGAAUAUUAGAAAUGUUUGAAAAUAUUUCCAUGAAGUUUUAUAUAAAUAUUUUACUCUAUUUACUUACUUCAUUUUGCAUGGGUUUGGAGUAGCCAUCAUUUUUGCUUUCCUUUAAAUUUGUAGCAGUGCAAAAUGUUUUGGAAUUUAAGCUUGGAAAACCAACUUUAAAUCUGAGGCUUUGCACACCUGAGCCUGCCAGCUGAAUUAUGGCGGUGAAUGUAUUUUUUCCUAACAAAAAGAAAUCAGAGCUGCAGAUAAACCAUCACACAUGGGUCUGUAUCACACUGUAAAUGUCACAGCUUUUAUCAAGAUGUGUUUGGCCAGAAAAAAAGCAGUGAUGAUUGUAAUGUAUUUCCAGCUGGCACAGACUCACACUUAAGAUCUGUGGUAUGGGUGGAGCAGCAUUCAUGAGGCAGGAGCUGUCUUGGUGGUAGAGAUUCAAGGUCCUCUGUCAGAGUGCCUUCCUGUCUGAGCACUCAUCCUCUUUAAGGAGGCAGCAGGAGGUGUUUGUUGCUCCUUUGGAAGCCCACUGAAGGAUAAACUUAGGCAGGACGUACAGGGACAGGUCAUGGUCUGGAAAAGACUCUGACUGCUGGAAGACCCAGUUCAGGCAGGUGCCUUCCAGAGAUGCAAGGGAAACAGCACAGGCAGGGAACCAAAAGAAUGAAAACUUGGUAUUUCCCCUUGGGAUUACCCCCACAGGUAAAUCUCCUACUGUGAUGAUUUAUGUGUUUGUUUAUUAAAAGUGUGAACGGGACACUGCUCUUUCUUUGCAGCCCGACCUCUCUUAGGGUUGUAUCUUGGUGCAUUUGUCAUCAUGGGGACUAUUACUCAUUAGAACUAUUACAUAAAUCAGGGCAGACAGGCCCUGUCCUGGAGGACUUUGGAGCUUGAACAGAUAGGGCCACAAGCCGCAGCAGAAUUACCCGUUUAUUAUUUCGCUCAUAAAAACAUGUUCAAAUGUAUCAACAUUCUGUGAGCUCAAGAACUCUUAUUUUGAUGGUAACAAAUUGGCAAAUUAAGGGGUUUUUCUUCAGUGAGUUGUUUCCAAAGAUAAAUAUUAUAACUAUGAUUAGGAUCCUCUUUAAACUGUAAAUUUGUGAUUUUUUUUCAAACUAUUUACUCCAGCCUGGGAAAUAUACUGAAGUAAAAUGAAGUUGUACAUAUCUCCUCUGUACUUUUUCUGAGUUCAGGCGAAGGCAGACACACAGCCUGCUGUAACAUCAUGGAAACGUUGCCAAGUCUUUCUGGUAUCAUUAGUCACAGGGGUGCCUUUGCAGGGCCCUUUGCAGUUCCUGUUAACUGCAGAGGAAGCUAGACCAGCUCCUAGAGCUGGGCAUCUCAAGGGAUUUGGGCAUCAGAUUUCUGCUCUGUUCACUUAGAUCUGAUGUUUACUUACACCCAAGAUCCUUGAUAAUCUCCAUUCUGCUUCUCUUUGGCUUCAGAGGCAUAGAAAGUGCAUGCCCAGUUAUUUACCCAUGGCCCUGUUGCUUGCAGGUCACAUAUCCCCAGCAGCUAACAUAAGUCAACCACAGGGACCACCAGGUCAUAUCUAAGUCCUGUAAAAAUCCCCAAACCCAUCUGGCUCAGCAAAGCUCAUUUUAUAAGAGUGUCAGAGCACAGUUACUGACCUGGGUCUCCCUGGGAAGCAUCUGCUGAAGGGUGCUCUUACAGUUCCCUCAUAUUCAGUAGCAGAAGUAUUUUUGAAGGAUGCAUGGAAACCAGGCUCCAGAUCUCCACCCUUCAGCCUGCCAGCCCUACCUGGGCACCCAUCACCCUUGUGCAUGAGAGCACAAGCCAAGAGGACAUAGGAGAUUUGAGAGCAGUCUUUCCUAGUCCCUUGUGCUCUUUAACUUUUUUUUUAAUGACAACUCCUCUGCAAACUUGCCAGGCUUGGGCACCUAACUCCUCUUUUACUGAGUGUGGUCCAGCUGGGAUUCCCCAGGGCAGCCUGCUCUGUUCGUGAAUUAACCCCCAAACAUGCACCAGUUGCACCAAGUGCAAUUCCUCCCAGUAUUUCAUUUUCACAGACAAAGCAGAUACCAGCAAUACCUGGACACAGACUGAAGCACAAGAAAUCAGAAUGAAACAGGAGGAACAGAGUGGGAAAGUGAAAGCACACUGCACUAGAUUGCACUUUCUUUUCAGGUAACUUGGAAGUUAUAUUACGUUCUUGAAAUGGGGGUGUUUAUUGCCAAUUUAAUUAUGGAUAGCCUUGAAAGAAUACAGUUGACUUAGGUUUUAGAAGUUCAUCUUCCCUGAUACAGCCUCCUCUGCACCACCCUGUGGAACAGCAGCAGUAACUCUUCACUGACACAGACCAAGACAUCUGAGCUGCCUGCUGACCCUUCAGGCAGCACAGACCUGAGCUCAGACCCUGUCCUCCAGAUUGGUCUUUCACUGCCUGAGCCCAGGGAAGAGCAGCAGAAAGCUGCAGGAAUUAGGACUUCUCUGUGAGCUGGCCCCUAGUGAGAACAGCAAUGGCAUGAGUGUGAGCUGCAUGGGCAAAGGAGAGUGCCUGGCACCUGCACUAAUACCUUGCAGAUUAAAAUUAAAACUUAGGUGAAAAUUAAUGAGCAACAAUGACCAAAUUCAAGUGACAUCUUCUCUUAACCCCAGAGGGGUUAACCCUGCAGAACAGUCACAAGGAAUAAUUUCUUGUGAAACCUGAAGCAUUUGGCGAGUCUUGACCUCUCGGGGUCUGUCUUCCCUGUGUAUGUCUUGGACAAAGUUUGGAGUCACACCAAGAUGUCAUCUGGUUCUCACUGGUUUCUUCCCAUCUGCAAACACAGUUCUCAUUUUGAAACAGUUCAAAUGGCUCAUUGUUUCCUUGCAGUGCAAAGGGUGUCCUUCGGGCCGUGUAGAUGUUCAGAGCAAUCUCAGUGACCUCGGCCGCAGACAGCAGUGUCCGAGGGACAGGGCUGCACUCUGCCUCCCUGCAGAAGCAACAUUGCACAGCAGUGCAUACAAAGGUUCUUCAGGAGUCACCAGUGCUGACUGCAGCCAGAAUUACUGGUGGAAGCCAGGAAUGCCACUGGAGCUGUCUGGGACUGCCCUGUGCCAUGCGCAGGUUACCCAGAAAUGCCCCUGUAGCUGUAGUGCUGCUGUCCCAGCACAGCUUCAGCCCUGGCCCUCAGUCUUUUCUCCUCCCCAGCUUUCUGUGGGUGAAAAUUUGAGUAUAUUACGACCAUUUGCCCAUAUUUCAGUCAUGCCUUGCUGCUGAAAGACUUCAGUAGCAGUGAAGGUCAUGCAGCGAGGCAUGUGGGCACAGUAUAAACCUGAUUGCCUGUGUGGGAUGAAUUUAUGACUAUAGAAAUUAGCUGUAGCAAUGAGACCAUUCUCACAUUUUAGUAUUUUUCUAGCCUUUAACUUGAAAAAUAUUCAGUGGCAAAUCAUUGCAGUGAAUGUUCAGAGCUAAUCUCAACAAAAUCAUACUCUGCUGAUUGCUAGCCUAGCAAAUCUGUGGGUAUGGCUGCUGCUCUAAUUGGAUUACUAAUGUGCCUUUCCAAACCAACACACGUCUGCAGUGUUACAUUUAAAUAGUACAAUAAAUGCUGUGUUACAUAAUAAAUUCAAUUAGGAAAAAUUACUACUUGACUCACACAAAAUAACUAACUAAGGGUGCAUUGCACAUUGUACAACUAAUAUGCAAUUUUUUUUUUUUUUUUGUGAAUAUGUCCGUAUUGGAGCUCAAAUUAUGCUUUCAUGAAUGCUAGGAAAAGAGAAGCACUCCAUGGUGGCAAAUAAAGGAAAGCAUGGACAAUUCCACUGAGAUUUUUCACAAAGGCUAUGCAUGUUAGCACAUACACAGUAAGUGGUUCAUUAUGCAUUAGAAAUGUGUUCUGUAGCAAUGGCACUGAGGAAGGACUACCUUCAUUUACAUGGCCACAGUCUGAAUGCAGCUACCAAUAAACACAUACCUUUUUUCUUUCUCCCUUUGUUUGCUGUAUGGGUAACAUCCACCUUUUACUUACAAUAUCUCUUUAAACCCUCAAAAAAGAAAUGCAAUUGCCCUACAUUUUGCAUAGGCAAAAAGAGGUCUAAGCUCAAAUCCAAACUUUCAACUUUAAGGAUCCAGAGUGAUGUAGUUUAGCUUCGAAGUGAGGCUGCAGAUGUGCAGCCUUCAAAUGUUUUGUGUUUCAUCCUUCCCUGGAAAGAAUGAGGGAGUAAACACAGAUACAGUUGAUUGCAGAUUACCCAAAAGAGCCUGGCGAUUUAGCAUGAGGGGAAAAAAUGCAGCAAGUGUGCUGUUAUUGAGGAAUGAAGAGCAUGGGGAAAGGGAGACGCUUAGAAGUGUUCUCAGCAAAUCCAGCAGAAAACCAAAGAGUUGCUUUGCAUUCGCUCGUGCGUUUAUUCCUCGUGACACAACGCUGUGACACUGGCACCCCCCCCAAGGAUCUCCUGUGGCAUCGUGGGCUCAGCUACCUCAUCUGCAACGUGGAGAGAGGUAUUUUGUGAGACAUGGGGGGGAAAAGGGACCACACACAGUCACCCUCUUCAUUCAGCGCUGAUUUUAGGAAGUCAAUUGCCCAGCUUUUAUUGGGAAAGCAGCCAUGCUGGUCCCUUACAGUGAUGAUCAGAGUUUUAGGUGUAUCAGAGGUGCAGAUUCCCCUGCCUCCAAGUCCCCCUAGUCCCAGGGCCAUGUCAUGCCCAGGUGUGUCCCAGCCAGCUCCCAAGCCCAGACUUGGGGUGAGGAUGUAGCUGGGUUUGGAAGUGUGUAACAUCCCAACAUCCCAUCAUCAGCAUCACAAGUGUUUUCUGGAUCAGACCUUCAGCAAGUGAUGCUUUUUCCCCAUAUUCCUUUUCUACUUUGCAGACUGUAACAGUACUUUUUAAAGCCAGUGAGUCAAUGCAAAAUUAAUGCUUUUAUAAUAGUAUACAUAAACAACAUGAAAAAAUUACUAGUAUUUCUGACAAUGUGCAAACCAAACACCAGGUUUUCUCAAUGGGUAUAAUUUCCUAUUCCAUGCAAGUAAAAUGAUGUCCAGGAAAUAUUUGCACAUAGUAACAUCCAUGGGCUGCACAGGCAGUGCAAGAAUUCAGUUCCAGUUUUAUUGUAAAACCUCAGUGUCUGAAAGCACAAUAUCUGAAAAAUGGUUUGGGGAUUGAUUGUGGGUUUUUUGUGUGUGUGUAAACAUUAUUUACAAAAAUAAAAAUGGUAUAAUUCAACAUAUACAAACCCAUUUUUAGCUCACUAGAAUACUACUUUGUUGGAUAUUCUCAGCAAAAAUAUUUGUUCCAAUUUUCCAGCCAAUUUAAAUUACUUGAGUUUCCAAAUAAUCUGUUGAAAAGUAUACCUGUUUAUUUUGUUUCUUUCUGAAAGGGCACAGCUUGGUAGAUAUCUUUAGCUGAGCUAGCAUUGCUGUCUCCUACUACAAACCUCAAAAUUUUCCUUCUGCAGCUAAUUCCCCUGGUUUCGGUAUUUGUUCAUUUCUGCAUUGAAUUCUAGAAGGAAUGACCAGUUCUGUGCUGUUUUCUGGUUGGUAUCACUUCCCUUUUUGCAUUGAUUGCAAAUAGUUGAAAUAUUAACACCAGCAAAUGUUCCCAGACACACCAAAAUUACUCACUUUCCUGAACGUUUUUCUUUCUUAAAUUGUUUUGUAAAAUCUGAUUGUAAAUUACAUCAUGGUUGGAAUUAGCAAACUGAAUAUUUUUUCUAUCAACAGAGUUGCUUGACGUGAGUUCUGUGAAGGAUGCUAAUGAUCUAGUUUUGUGUAAAAAGACCUGCCUAUUUAAUUUCCCCAUUUUAUCUAAUUUGUUUCAAAUUCUGAAAGUCAGAAGUAUGUGAGUCCCAUUUAGAAAAUGCCUUAUGCUGUACAUUUGCUCCUGUGAAUAGAGCUUUUAGAGGGACUGAAACUGAGCCUGCCUGAUUGCUGCAAAGAGAAUUGCAUGUAUAAACCUUCAAAACAUGAAUAUUUGUACCUGUUUGGCCAUUGCAAACCAAGGACAUGCUAAUAGAAUUCCAAUUCAAGCAAAGAAACAUAAAUCACACUGGCUGCUAACCACUUCUAUCAAAAAGGCCACACAGCUACAGGGCCAAGGGUGAUGGAUGGGCUCCUGAUACACCACGUUAUUUUGGAGUUUGGUUUGGUGGCUGGGAGCUGGCACUGGAGUGGUUAAAGCAGCUUGGCUGGGUGGAUCCAGGCAGUUCCCUUUGCUGAGCCUCAGGAGAUGUUUGCCAGUCCUAAAAAGGUAAAAAAGAUAAUGGACAUAACAUUGAGCCUCUCUGGAGAAGCACAGCAAAGUGCUGUAGCCUGUGCUGGGCUGUUUCUGGCCAGCUCUGAGCCCUUGGUUGUUCCUGAAACUGGAGUGUUUGGGACACAGGUGCAGCUGUCUGGGAAAGCAACAAUCCUCCUGUGAUCCUUCUUUCCUCAUAAAAUGGAUGCAGAGAUUUGUUUAGACUUUCCAUAUGAUGACAGCAUAUAUAAAUAUUACAAGAGGAAUCAAUUACUGAGUCUGGCUAUAUUUGCUAAGACAUCUUUAUCAGUAAAAAUGAGAAAAACUGUCUUACCAGUACAGUGAAUCAACAAAAGUAAGUGGUGUUCUGAACAGAAAGUAAGGUGCUAAAAUAUACAAUUGGACCCCAAAGCUCAGGCAUGUGUCACAAAAUUAUCAUUCUUUUCCAGUGCUCAAAGCACCUGCAGCUUUUGGGGAAAAGCCUAGGUUUCUGCCAGAGGCAGGGCAGGCAAGGCUUAUAUUUUCUUUAUCUGUAAGAAAUCAAAAUAUAUCUGAGGACAUGCCUUGGACUGCAUAGCGCUCCAUCCCCUAAUUUAAGCAUGCCCCUGGACCAUGAAUACUGGCAGCAGAAAUGGACAAAAUGGCUCUGCCUUGGGGUGUCUGGUGUUUGGAGAGCAGCUGAAUGUCAUGGCAAAGCACAGCUGCCUCCUUCAGCCAAGCUCCCGCCAGGGUGGGAUCCAUCCCACUGCCAGCCCCUGGCCUGCAGCCAGGGAUUGUACUGCCAGGAGAGUGGUGCAAAUCAUCAGCAAUGUGCUCUUAUCCCUGCCUUCUUAAUGGGCUAAAAACAGUGGAAAACAGAGAGAUCAUUUUCUAUUUUAAUGAUCAAAAGAGUGUUGCCCAUUAUUCACAGCCUACACACAAGAUGUUAUGAUUUUUCUCCAGUUUUCCUGCACUGAUCAUUCAGUCCAUUUGGCAGCUGACCUUCAAGUUGUCAUGGUUUUUUUUUAAAAAGGGAGGGGAAAGCCCCAAACAGAAGACUAAAACACCCAUUAUCAGCAUUUCAGACAAGCAAAAUAAUGUGGUAAGGAUCUCACAUGCAAAAGCUGUGAGCAGAGCUGCCUCUGCAGCAGUUAGAUGUUUCAUGGCAGUGGGAGAAGUUUGGGCUCAGGAGAGCAUCAGCUGGAUGUUUGAGGUGCUGGACAUUGCCCUGCAAACAGCUGCAGCACCAAAAUGGCACUUUUUGAGCAAAUUUCUGCAGCUGUUUCUGCCCUGUUAGGGACAUUUCACAUCCCUGCUACUGAAAUCAGAGGAUGGCACCAAGUGUUACACAAGAAAUUUACUGUCAUUGGUGCAUAUGGGCAUUAGCCAGGGGCAUAUUUAAUAACCAAGAGAAAUUUCAGCUGGGUGUUGGUCAGAAAAAAGGACAUUUUGCCAUCCAGAAAAAGCUGCAGCAGGUCCCAGUGCCUGACAUCACACAACAUACUCCCAAAGAGUUGAGCCACACAGGGAUUACCUAAACAAGGCAAAAGAGAUGGUAGGGUCUAAGAAGCAAAUGUACCUGUGGCUUGAAUCUGGAGUAACUUGGUUGAAUUGCAGGUAGUAAAUAGCCUAAUUAAAUAGAUGUAAUGACUUAAAUGCCUGCUAGAAAUCAAAAGGAGAUGCAUGUGUUUUUCCAUCACAGUUUUGAUUGUGUUUACCAAGAGGUAAAAUGAAGAAACCUAAGUUCCUGUAAAUCGUUGAUUGGAAAACAUAGAUUUUUACUCUCUUUCAGAUAAUGCUUCCUUGCAAAACAAUAAACUGGAAUAGAUUUCAAGAUUGAAAUCUGUUUAAACAAGAGGCAGUUUUCAAAAUGCUUUAAUCCUGGGUUGACAGGAACUUAACCUCCAACUCAUACCAUAAUUGUGAGUGCUCUUGGCAAAUCAGUCCCACUUUUGAUGUCAGCUCAGGAUUUUUCCACUGUAAGAUCUUUGAAUGAAGAGGACUAAAAGCCAUAUACAAAGCCAGUCAAACACAGAUCACAUUUCUACUGGUUCAUUAUAUACAGUUUGCAAACAAAAAUGGGUAUUUUGGGCUCGGCACCCCUUCAUUCACAGAAACAUGGUUAUGGAUCCAGGAGGCAGAGACAGCUGAGGUGCAGCUGCUUUGCAGAGCAGUGCAGAGGCAUUGGCAGAGGAUGUGUAGAGCUGGUGGUUAAGGAGACAGUGGAAAAACCCACUGGUGGUGUCCAGGGAACAUUCUGUGUGUUUUUAAUGCUGUGAAACAUGAUCGAGUAUGAAUUCUCUACAUCUGGGAGGAUGUCAAAUUCCAGGUGACGUUUGGAAUGUUGCAAUUAAGCUACUACAAAGACUUUUGAAAUAAACAGGAGAAAAAAUG